AUGUUUCAAACCUACGACUCGGCUGCCAGUAUGUCAGGAAAGUUUAAUGGUGCGCAACAGAAGCUCAGUGAAAUGUUGGAAAGGAAGAUCCCUUACACGAAGUGCACUCCACAUGGAGUUAACCUGGUUGUUGAACAUGGUUGUUCAUCUUCGCCAUUAAUUGGCAAAGUAUUUGCUGUUUUGGAGAAAAUUUUCGUCUUCUUUACGGAUAGCCCAAAAAGAAAUGAACAUCUGAAAGAGAAAUGUAAAGAAGUUGAAAAUUUCUUAGAGCUGCGAAACCUGUCCAAAACAAGAUGGACUGCCCGACCUGAAUCUGUGGAGGCCGUUUGGAGAUGCCUAGAGGGUAUUUUAUCAGCCCUUGAUGCAAUUACCGAGGCUGGUGACUCCACCCGUGUCACAUAUUAUCAAUGGGUGAGACCCAUAAAUAUCAAUUGA